AUGACGACAGUUGUUUAUGAAAUUAAUGGGAGCAAUCCGUUCCAAAUCGGAAGACUCCGAAAGACUUUGGAUGAACUAAAUAGGGAACUAGAUAUAUCUUCAUCGGAACUAGAAUUGUCCAUGAAAGCGAUUGAGAAUUCGCUACCAGCAUCUCUAACUGUGAACCAACUUUUGGAGCUUGUUGCUGAGACCCUAGCACAGCGAGUCGUUCAAAAUCCGGAUUUUGCUCUUCUUGCUGGGCGUGUUGAGGCCUAUCGAGUACAAAGGCUUGUCGUAAGUCCUUUUUCCACCAAUUUUUCGAGGCUAGAAAAUGGUUCCAAAACUGAAAGCAAAAUCAAAAUGGAUCUCGGUUUGGUCUCGAAAGAUGCUGCCGAAUUUGUGGCUAGAAACUCCGAUUACCUAGAUAAAUUGGUCCGACCAGAAAGAGACAUGAAUUUUACAUACUUUGGGAUGAGGACCUUAUGCAAAUCUUACUUUUUGCAAAUUGACAACGUCGUUGCCGAAACACCGCAAUACCUAUUUUUAAGAGUGGCUAUUGGCCUUCACGGUAAAUUGGAUGACAAAAACGCACUCCAACGAGUGAGUGAAAUCUACGAUUUAAUGUCUGAAAAAUAUCUCAUAUUUUCAUCUCCCACUUUGUUUAGUGCUGGAACGAAUAAUAAUUUCUUAUCGCUGUGUUUCUUGAUGGGAAUAAAAGAAGAUUCCAUUGAUGGGAUCUUCAAAACGUUACAUUCAGCAGCUUUAAUUCUGAAAGGCUCCGGUGGUUUGGGAAUUCAUGUUCACAAUAUAAGAAGUAAUGGAUCUGCUAUACUGUCAUCUAAUGGCACCUCAAACGGAUUAGUUCCGAUGUUGAAAGUCUUCAAUAACACUGCAAGAUAUGUCGAUCAGGGAGGAAACAAACGACCGGGCGCAUUUGCUAUUUACAUCGAGCCUUGGCACGGGGACAUCAUGGAAGUGCUUGAACUUCGAAAGAAUCAUGGCCCUGAUGAAUUGAGAGCGAGAGACUUGUUCUUUGCCUUGUGGAUCCCAGAUUUAUUCAUGAAGCGGGUGAAAAAUAACGGAAAGUGGAGUUUAUUUUCCCCAAGUAAAGCUCCUGGUUUAAGCGACGUCUAUGGAGAGGAAUUCGAGAGUCUUUAUCAAAAAUAUGAGGAAGAAGAUCUUGCUUGCACAACCAUUGAAGCAAGAAAAUUGUGGAUGCAUAUUCUUCAGGCGCAAACAGAGACUGGAAUGCCAUUUAUGCUUUAUAAAGACGCAUGUAAUCGGAAACUGAAUCAAAUGAAUUUAGGGACUAUAAAGUCAUCUAAUCUUUGUUGCGAAAUCGUUGAAUAUUCAUCCCCAGAAGAAACUGCUGUAUGCAACUUGGCACUGCUCGGACUUCCCACAUUUGUAACUGCAAAUGAAAAUGGUAACGUCGCCUUUGACUUCAAGAAACUCCACAAAGUUACAAAAAUACUUGCUCGCAGUCUUGAUAGAGUUAUUGAUGUAACGAAGUAUCCCAUUAAGAGUGCAAAAGUAUCCAAUUUGAAACAUCGUCCUAUUGCGAUUGGUGUUCAAGGGCUAGCUGAUACUUUUUUAGAACUUCGAUUACCCUUUGACAGUGCUGAAGCAGCAACCCUUAAUAGCCAGAUUUUUGAAACUAUUUACCAUGCAGCCAUUGAAAGCUCUAUGGAGUUAUCCAAAGAGAAGGGUUACUAUGAAAGUUUCGAAGGAUCACCAGCAUCAAAGGGUAAACUCCAAUUUGAUUUGUGGAAUUAUAAACCGGAUUUUUUUGAUGAUUGGGAUGAGCUUAAGGAACAAGUAAAGAAGUACGGCUUAAGAAACUCUUUACUUGUUGCUGCAAUGCCCACGGCCUCUACAUCACAAAUUUUAGGAUUUAAUGAGUGUUUUGAGCCUUUUACAUCGAACAUUUACAAUCGCAGGGUCCUUUCAGGUGAAUUUCAGGUAGUCAACAAGUAUCUUGUUAAGGACUUGAGAGCUCUUGGAAUUUGGAACAAGGCUGUCAAAGAUAUGAUUAUUAUGAAUAAUGGGCUGGUCCAAAAUAUCGAUAUCAUACCUCAAAAGCUUAAAAAGCUCUACAAAACAGUGUGGGAAAUUAGUCAAAAGCAUAUCGUUCGACUAGCUGCUGAGAGAGGAAGAUUCAUAGACCAACUGCAAAGUAUGAAUAUUCAUUUGAUGAAUCCAACUUUCGGAACACUAACUUCUUGCCAUUUCUUUGCUUGGGAGCAAGGACUAAAGACGGGGAUGUAUUAUUUGAGGACACAGGCGGCAGCAAGAGCUAUUCAGUUCACUGUUGAUAAACAAGAGAUAGAGGCGAAAUUGAAACUGAUGGUGGUACCAGAAGUCUCGACCCUUCCCAAACGAAGGUAUAUUUCAAGGGAAAGAUUUUCUAAGCAUCAAUUAAGCUCUGAACAAAAUAGCAGAAAACGUCUCAAGAAAGCAUUGAUUACACCUUCACCUGCGGACAGUGAAGGUUGGGAUCUGGUUGGAGAAUCACAAGUUGUAAAAGAGACCGAAAGCUUUUCUCUGGCUACAUUCGAAGCCAAGCAAAACAUUGACGAUGACUACAAUAUUCAUGAUAGUACUCCUUUAUCUUGCAAUAUAUCUGACAUCGAGGGAUGUGACGCGUGCUCUGGUUAA